AUGGAGAAGCUUUUGAUGCUGAUAUUGUGGAAGAUGCAGAGGAUGCAAAUGAACCUGAUGAUCUUGUUGAUGUGCUGCAUGUGGAUGAGCCUGACAAUGAGGAUGAUCACGGCUGCCAUGGAAAAUAUGUUGGCCCAGCCUGCUCAAGAUUUAGAAACACCAAGAUCUAGUACUGAGAUUGUCUCCAAGGUUCUCUCACAAACCAAAGGCACCUCUACAUUCCUCAAGAAUGCUUUGGUAUUGAAACACCAAGAAGCAAAUCUCGCAUCACCUACAAGAGAAGCACAACUAAGAGAACAGGUGCAGGCCAAAAAGCAACGGGCUAAUCUACUUCAAGAAGAAUUGGACUACCUAAAGAAGAAAGCUGAAGAAACAGAAGAAUCAAUGGCCAAGACCCAAGAAGAAGUGCAUAAGGCCCAAAGAAGAGAUGGAGGAGUUCAAGAAGAAACAAGAAGUUAA